AUGGGUAGUACUGAGAAAAGGCCACUGAUUUUGGCCGUCGCUGGCGCCGCGGUUGGGCACUUCGUUCCUGCUCUCCAGAUUUGCCAGCAUCUUGUGUCCAAGGGCUAUGAUGUCAGCAUCCUUCAAGCAUCAUACUUCAAGGACUCUAUCGAAUCUAUCGGAGCCACAUUUAUCCCACUUGACAAGGAGUGUGAUUUCUGCCAGUACGACAUUGCUCUGAAGGGUAGCCCCAAUGGGCGCUUCCCUGAGCGUCUCACUUUGGCCCCCGGGCUCGAGACUCUAGCCUUCGACCUGGAGCAUGUCUUCAUGCCAUAUAUCCCGUCACAGGCUCGCUCCAUUUCGCGUGCUCUAGAGCAAACGAGACUCCGCGAUCCAGCGCGCAAGGUUGUCAUUCUAGCCGAGAAUUCGAUGCUGGGGAUUGUGCCGCUCAGGCUGGUUUCUGAUGGGAAACGCCGCGAAGUGCCCGCGGUCCUUGGAUUGAACGUGGUUCCUCUGACAUGGGAGAGCAUCGACGUUGGCCCGUUCGGCACAGGACUACCUCCAGACUCCACACCAUCUGGCCGCGCCCGGAACAAAGUACUUCACGGCCUCGUUCGAAAUUUUGCGCUCAAGGGUGCGCUCCGCGCCCUGCGGAAGUAUCUCAUUGAAGCCGGCGCCGACCCUGACUAUAUCCCUGGGCAGGGCGAGCUGGGCUUCAAUAUCACCUAUGACCCACGGGUCUACGACAAGGUCUUCCAGAUGUGCCUGCCUGAGGUCGAGUUCCCACGGUCCGACCUGCCAGGGCACACACAGUUUGUAGGUGGGCUACCGCGCAAGCCGAUUCCCACCGAUCUCCAGUACCCUUCAUGGUGGGAUGAUAUCGUGGCCAACGCCGAGCUACCCACCGAGGAGCGUAAGAAGUUGGUGGUGGUGGCGCAGGGCACAUUCGCCAACGACUUCAACGACUUAAUCCUGCCCACAAUCCAAGGUCUCGGAACCCGCUCCGGGUUCCUCACCGUCGCCAUACUAGGCAAGAAAGGAGCGGCGCUCCGGGUAGAUCUACCGUCGAAUGCGAGAGUCGCCGACUAUCUGCCCUACGACGCUGUGCUGCCUUAUGCUGACGUGUUCGUGCAAGCCGGCAGCUAUGGCGGUUUCCAGCACGGGCUGGUCAAUGCCGUUCCUGCUGUUCUCGCUGGGGAAACGGAGGACAAACCUGAAAUCGCAGCCAGGGCUGAGUGGGCCGGAGUAGGUAUCAGUUUGAAAACGGGCCAUCCUACUCCAGAUAAAGUCGCGCAGGGUGUUGACGAGGUCUUGGGAAACCCCAUGUUUAAGGCAAGGUGUCUGGAGUUGAGCAAGCUCAUGAGGGCGACGGAUCCUCUGAACACGAUCGAAAAUGAGUUGUUGUUGAUGGCAGCGUCCUCGUAG